GAGAGGGCCGGGAGAAGGUGGGGAGUGAAGGCGAAGGUGUCUGUGGCCUCCGGCGCGGGAGGGGGCGGUGGGGGCAGGGGAGCAGUAUUAGGGGAUUCCCGAGCCGGGGCUCUCGAGAUCGGGCGGGUCUUGCUUUUGAGCCUUGCCAAGACCGUGCAUGGUAGGGCUUGUCCCCGGCGUCAAAGGCAGAAUCAACUGAGCCCCAGGACUUCUGUUUUACAUUGAGAGAUCAGAAGUGGGCGGUCCGUUUUCCCUGCAUCUGGGGAGCCCGCAAGGCUAUGUAGGCUGUGACCUUUGACAUCUGUGCAACCCGAUACAGGAAGCGUGAAUAGAAGAGACUGACCAUUCAUGAUGAUUCACAGAAAUGACAGCUCAGAUAUCCUGACAUUCCACAUGAAAAACAGGAUGAGAAAUUCCAGGUAUAAGCCAGCAGACUACCAACAGUUACGCGCCUUAGCCAACGCCAGGAAGUUAGCGUCUGCUUCCACAGAGCUGAAGAUCAGAAAAACCAUGGAGACUUCAAAGGCGGCUAAAGAGCAAAUGCUGAUCAAGCAGCACAAGAAGGUGUGGCGUCAGGAGCAGGAGCGGCUGAAGGGAGUCAGAUGUAAAUUGGAGUCUGAAAUAAAAUCUUGUCUCAAUGAAGAGAGCAUUGGAAACGAAUGUUUUUGUGAGCUUAUGAAUUUUGAAAAAGAGCUGUCAGAACAAUGGUGCACAUAUCUUAAAGCUGUGAUUGACCCUAUUCACCAAAUGAGAACAGGCCUGAAGAGACAGUACCAUGCUUCCCAGUAUGCACCCUACAGUAAGGGAUCUAACUCACCAUUGGUUCUGGAAGAGGUUGACUUGGUCAAGAAACAAUCCAAGGCUGCCUUUGAGAGGCUUAAUCAGGAGCAGUGGAAAACAGAAAAAGACCUUUCAGACUGGAGUGCGAAGUUACUAGAUUAUUCUUCAGAAGAAAAGGCCAACCUGCUCAGCGAACAGCCUAUGGAGUUAGAAACUUUGGAGUGCCCAUACCCUGACCUGAAAUCGUCAAUCCUUAAUGAGUUCUAUGACUUUACAGAGGAAUAUCAAGAGAAACUUGAAUCUUUUGAUCUUCAGUUGGAAGACAUACGCAGGAACUUCCAACUAAGUGAAGAAGAACAGUGGAUCUACCAGGCCGUUUUAGAUCAGUACCCUGGAAAUCUCCCUGGCAGAAGGACUCUGUACUUGGACAUGCUGCAAAGAUAUUUUCCGCACAAAUCUAGGCAUCAUUUGGUAGAACACGAGAAACACUAUGACCAGUAUCGCUUCGCUAGAGAGCAGAGAAGAAUCCUGAUGGACAGCUGGGCUAGGAACAGGAGAGACUUUAUCCAGAAAGCCAUGCUGACCCUCGUCGAGGCCUGUGCAGCCCAUGAAAUGGAGAGCAUGUUGGCCAAGGACAGGAAACGGCAGCAGGAGCUGUGUGCUGACCUGAAAGCCAAGGUUUCUGAAUGGCGAGCCCAGCAGGAAGAGUUAGCAAGACUGGAAAUGGAGAUUUCAGCCAGAAGAAGAGAGAGGCAAGAGGAGAAAUCAAAACUAUGGAAGGAGAAAGAACUGCUGCAAAGGGAGGAGACAAAGACGAAGAUAAGAAAAUACUGGGCAAAGAAACAACAGAUGUGGCAAGAAAUGGAAGGGAGAGAUUUACUGCGCCUGGAAGAACUGAAGAAAUUAAUGGCUGAGCAGUCAGUGAAAGACAGAGAAAGGGUUAAAUAUAGACAAGAAUUAUUGGAGAAGCGUUUGCUGGAGAGAAAAAAACUGGCCCUUCAAGAAGUUCAGGAAGAAGAAGAGAGAGAGAGGCGCCUGGAAGCCCUUCGAAAGCAGGUUGCUGUUGUUGUUCAGUCUGAUCCAGUUAGGAUGAUGUCAGACACACUGGCCUGGAGAGCCAGGACAGACGCUGAAAGUGAAGAUGAAUUCAUUCUUCAAAAGCCACUCUUCUCGCUGACUACAUACAAUGAGCAGCAGAUAACUUCUGAUCCUAGACUUCGAUUUGAGUUAGCGCUUCGAGAAGCUGGACUCCACAAAACACUGUAUGCCAAAGAGAUGCUACCAAAAAUUGGUCCUCACAAGCCUCCAAGGAAGGACACAGAAUCAACUGUGUUCAAGAACUAGAGGGCACAUGAAACCAUUAUAUGAAUAUGGAUAAUGAUCAUUACCACUUCUAAAUGUUUAAAAAGCACCAGAUGUAGAAAUCAUAGCAUUUAUUAAACAACUUUCCCUUUUUAUCUUCAACGUUUAUUCACUAUUUGCUUUCUCUUUAAAUAACAUGUACUAUUACCAAAUUCACUAAAAUGAUGAGACUUUGGUAUAUAUGUUGUCACUUUGAAAUUUUUUCUAGAAAGAGGAGUUCAAAAUAGCCAUUUGCAAGAAUUGUAUAUUUCACAGCUACAUUCAUUUCUGCUUGUUAUCUCACUAUUUGACUUUUAAUUAUGGAAAUUUCAUACUAUUAAUACUUACAUUGUUUUCUUGGUUAUAAGUAUAAGAGGAGGUUCAAUCUUUCUCUAAAUUUAUGAGUCAGUUUGGUAUAACAUGUUUAUUGCAAACCAAUUAUUUGAACAAUCUCGGUUUGCAAAUUUGCCUUAAGAAGAAAUUAGACAUACUGUCUCCAUCAUGGUAAGAUCUGUUUUGUCAGGGAAGACAUGACUGUGGUAUUUAGAAGAAAAAGUUGACAUUUUAUGAUACUUGAAAUGUUAUUAAAAGUUCCAAAUUACCGAUGAGAUACCAAGAUGAUUUUCUUGAAAACAACUAUUUCAAAGAAAGCUCACCUAUAAAUUUUUGGCUAUCUCUAAAAGGCAGCAAGAGAAAAUUUCAGCAAGAAAAUGUGUUGUUAAAACUUCCAGUUGCUAAUAAUAGUAAAGAGGCUAACUCCUUUUAUCUCUAUUGUCAUUUCUUGUAUUUUCUGUCUAUCUGUAGCCAUGGGGUUGUCUCUAGAUAGUUAUGAGAAUGCUCUGAAAACCACACAAGCCAGGGCUUAGGAUGUAGCUCAGUUAGUAGAGUGUUUGCCUAUAAUGCCCAAAGCCCUGACUUUGAUCCCCAGCAUCCUGGAUGCAGUGGUACAUACCUAGAAUUCUAGCACUUGGGAGAUGGUAAGCAGGAGAAUCAAGGGUCCAAGGCCACCCAUGGCUAUAUAGUGAGUUUACAACUAGCCUGCAAUACAGGAGACCCUAUUUUUUUAAAAAAGAGAGAGAGGAAAAUAUGAAAGAGUAGGGGAAGGGAGAUGAAGAGAGAGAGGAGGGAAGAGCAGAAAGAGAAAAAAAGAACACUUCAGAAAACAGUCUCAUUGGUACUCUUCAUGAGCAUGCCCAACAUGGUGAGUUUAAGUAACAUCAACGCAGCCUUUCAGAAUACACUGCCUUCUAUAUAAGAGGUUUAUAGGGGAAAAGAUCUUAUCCACAUCCCACAAUUCACCCUAAUGCUUUCCUACUUCAGCUUGUUACAUCAUAUCUUAUCAAAGAGUGGAGAGGUCAUUAGGAAGAGGUAGAGAAUGGUGGGUAUGGAUUUAUCUUGGGAUCUUUCUGUAGGUUAACAUUGCUGAGGGAGAUAUUAGACCCCAAGAAGUUCCCAAAUAAUCAAGACAGAGACCACAUGGAUUUAUAAAAGCUUUAAGGCACAGUAACUGGGCAGGUAUCAACCCUCUAAGCUAUUUUGCUAUUUCUCAGCUACACUUGCUAUAGUAAAGUUACUUGCCAUAAUAGUUCCUGCUUAGGCUGCUUCUGUUCUAUCAGUCUGUCCUCAGGGCAAACUUUUCUUGGCCCUGUGCUCCUAGUCCAUACUGCUCCACUGGAGACUUCCUUCUCUCCAGCUUCCUCACCUCCUGCUACAUCAUCUUCCUCCCUUCUUCCCUUCCUGUGAUUCGUCUGAGACCCUACGCCUGAGAACCUCAGCUCUGCCUUCUUCUCUUCUGCCCAGUUACAAGCUUCAGCAUCUUUAUUAACCAAUCAACUUUAAAUUAGAUAGAGCAAGGUUUAUAUACCGAAGAUCAGUGUAUGAGUACACGAAGAUGUACUCAUCUGGGAGGCAACCAGAACUUGGGUGCCAGUAAUUAGCAUUAGAAUACAUAGCACUAGACCAACCCCAACAGGUUGAAGUAUUGUUUUAUGGGGCUCUGACCAUAAACCCAUGAAAAUCUGCUGAAC